AUGGACGGAUGGCAAGACCACCUCCACUUCGCCUUUAUCGGGGAGCACGUCCUCCUCCCUAACCUCCACCUCGACUCGCUCUGGAAGUUUGCCGUCGCAUCCGUUCUUUCCGUCGCCAUCUGCGGCUCCGAAAGGUUGCUCACGUAUGCCAUCUCGAAGCACUGGGGCCCCGCGUCGACGCGUCGGUCACGCGUCCGCAAUGCGGCCUGGAGGGCGUUCCUGUACUGGCUCGUCACCUUCGACAGACUGAUGUACAUGCUCAUAGCCAUGACCUUCAACGUCGGCCUGAUCGUCAUCACCGUCUCCACCCUCUCUUUCGGCCAGUUCUUCAUCGAGCUCCUCGAGACCCCGUCCUCGCCGACCCACAGCCAGGGCCACCCCGACAGCCCCGAAUACAAAGAGCCACUGCUCCCCUCGCACUCCCAGUCGCUCUCGCACUACCACGAUGGCGACUCCGAUGACCCGCACGGCUACGCGGACUCGUACCCGCCGCCCGUCCCGCUCACCCUCCCCACGCGCCGGCCCGUGCCCACGCGCACGUCCUCCGAUAAUACGCACGUGACGCGCACGACGCGCUCGGGCUCGUUCCGCUCGAAGCCAGAUGGGCUGAACAUCUACAUCCACCCGAGCGAGAGCAACAUCGCUCGGGCAGACGCGGUUGCGCGCGAGCUUGGGCUCUCGAGCGAGGAGGACGAGGAGACGGGCAUCUACCACGGGGACGCGGGCACAACGGAGACAGAACCUCUGUGGGAGCCUGGCAAGGGCAGAGAUGUCGCGCGGAGUCUGCUGCGACGGUAG